ACAUAACGUCAACAUAGGCCGAGUUGGGAGUGAGAAUGUGUUGAUUCAGAAGCUAACAGAAUUGAAGGUUUGAUAACUAUUAAUUUUAAGAUAAUUAACUCUUUCCCAGUGCAUUUUUGGGCAUUUCUAUUCAUCUCUGGAGACUCACAGAAUAUUUUGUUAUAUGAAUAUUUAAAUAGUGAUAUUAAAAGGAAGGUGAGAAACUCCUUUUUCAGCCCCAAAACUGUUAUUAGCCUAUUAUAUCCAAACUUGAAUGUUGGGCAUUUUAAUGAAAAUAUGUAGUUUUCUUAAAAAUCAACUAGAAGAGUAAUGUCACAUGCUUGCAUAAGAAGUCUGCUCAGUCAUUGUAACAAAACCAUAAUGACCUUGUUUUCCUCACAUAGAGGACAACCAUGGCCAGGAAGCAGGACAUGACACAGCAGGAGAGCGAAGAGCUAGAGGAGGAACAGUGGAAAGAAAAAGAGAGGAGGAAGCAGCAGCAGGGCAAGAUAGUGCUGAAGAAGAUAGUGCAGAAGAAACAAGCAUCCCAGAUUCUGACGGCCCAAGUUACCAGGGAGAGAGCAAUAAUGAUCAAGAUAUCCCUGAAUGCUGGACAUCUAACAUGUUUAGAGAGAAGACUAAGCAAUACCCAUGGCUAAUAUGCCAAAACAAAAAACUUGGUUGUCUAACUUGCCAGAAGAUAAAAGCAGUUGGGCCAAAUGUUGGUGGGAGCCAGGUGCAUAUUGCUGACGAGUGGUCUAAAGUUAAAGUGACAGCCUAUGGUGCAACGAGAGCAGCACAGCUGCAGUCUCUUCGGAAGAAGAUACACAAGCAUAGAAUGUCAGACUAUCAUCAAGCAGCUGAGAAAACCAUGGAAACGGCAAAAGAAAAAAGAAUGGAAACGUUGACUUCAGAUAUGCAGAGGGAUCACUUCUUAACUACUGAUCGAGUAUUUCGCACAGUUUACAAGAUUGUGAAAUCCGCAAGGCCUUUCACAGAUCUACCAACUGAUAUUGAUCUGCAAGUCAUGAAUGGACUUGACAUGGGAAGAACUUUACAUUCAGACUAUUCCUGUGCAACAAUCAGCCGACACAUAGGAAGUGAAAUGAGAAAGAGAGUAGUCGGAAAGGUCCUUCAAAGUGGAACAAAAUGUUCUGUUCUGAUAGAUGAAUCUACAACUGACAGUAAAAAAUCAGUUUUGAUCAUUUAUAUUAGAGCAAGCCUGGGGAUGAGUGAAGAGCCACUAACAUUCUUCUUGGAUCUAGUUGAGCUUUCUGCUACCAAUGCAGAUGGAAUUUAUCAAGCUCUGAUGAAUAACCUGUCACAACAUGGCUUCUCUGAAGCUAUUAUGAAGGAGCGCUUUGUUUGCUUUGCUUCAGACGGAGCGUCCGUCAUGCUUGGAAGUAAAUCAAGUGUUGCAACCAAACUUGUUGAAAAGUUUCCCAACGUGAUGGUGUGGCACUGCAUGAACCAUCGUCUUGAGUUGAGUGUUGGAGAUGCUGUUGAGGAAAUUGCAGGGAUGAAUGAUUUCCAGUUUUUCUUCGACAAAAUAUACAGUCUCUAUCAUGCAUCCGCCAAAAACCGCCGCGAGCUCACUGAAUGUUGUGAGGACCUUGCGUUACAGUGUCUGAACAUAGGGAGAAUUCUCAGCACUAGAUGGGUGGCAUCCAGUUAUAGGACCAUUAAAGCUGUAUGGCAACAGUACCCAGCGCUCCACAAGCACUUUUCUGAUGCCUCAGUUGAUCCUAAAAGAAGAUCAACAGAGAGAUGCAUGUUCAGUGGUUUAGCAAAUCGCCUCUCUAAUGCAACCUUUGUCCAUAAUCUUGGAGUCAUGUAUGAUGCUUUAGAAGAGCUGUCUGAAUUCUCGCUCUCCCUUCAAGACAGAAACAUGACGCUCCCCAAGGCCGAAGCAAGUCUCAGUCGGCAGAUCCGCGUGUUAAAGUCAAUGGCAGAGCAACCUGGACCAAGGGCAGAGGAGACUCAGACAGCAGGGGAUUUGAAGCUAUUCAAAGGAGUGCCACUGACAAAUAAUUCAAGGUACAGCAGAGAAAUAAACCACUAACGUUUUUUUCAUGCCUUGGCUGCUAGUAUUGAGACGAGAAUGGGUUGCCUGCCUGGUAAACAGAGAAGCAAGGAAGAAUACCAGAGCUUUCUUAACAACGUCAAAGUGCUGCAGCCGUCUAGCUGGCCAGAUGCGUGUGGAGUUCGUUAUGCUGAAAAGGAAAUACAGGAACUCUGCACCUUUUUCAAGCUUGAUAAUGGCAGACAAAUUCAGAGAGGGAUGAGGGAAUAUAUUGACAUGGUCAGACUCAAAACUGUUGAUGAAAUGAUACCACCAGCACCAGAAGAGCUGAAACCCCUCCUUCAAGCAGUGAACACUCUGGUCAUCUCAACAGCUGAGUGUGAACGUGGGUUUAGUCAGAUGAACAUUUUAACCACAACUAGAAGCUCCCUAGAGGUAAAAAGCAUGUCAGCCUUGCUUUUCAUCAAGUGUGUUGGCCCUCCACUGAACAAAUUCAGACCAGAUGUAUAUGUCAAGACUUGGCUUCAAAGCCAUUGCUUAGCUAACAAUCCGAAAGCAAGAGCCAGAAAAAUUGAGACCAAAAAGCAUGAUUAUGAAAAUCUUUGGAAACUUCUAUGAGAUGGGGGAGAGUGGAGUAGGCAGCCAUUGACAACAUUGGUCCUAUUUUGUAUUAUCUUAUCACUUAAUGCCCUGUUAAAAAAGUAACAUUGGGAAUGUUGACAUAAAAGAUUUGUAUUUGAACUGGAAUAAAA